GAAUAGGGAGGGAGGGAUGAAAAGUAGAGAAAAGUCAGGCAACGUAUACUAAAUAACUAAUGUUGCAUUGCAAUUGCAUGGGUUGUAUGAUUAUUGCAAUAAAGAAGCUGGAUCUCAUGUAGUCAUGUGCAAAAAUCAUUCCACUUCAACUCAAACAUGCUAUGCUCCGAUCAAACUGACAAUAUCGACUUCCAAUUCUAAACAGUCUCUGUAUAGCCACGUGUAGUUUAUACAGGAAAUACAAAGGUUAAAUAAAUAAAAAGAUGAAAUAGGAAUUAGGAAGUAAAUAUAUUUAAAUAUUUUUAAUAGAGAAGGCAGGUUGAAAAAGAAUGGAGAGAGAGAUGAAAAAGGGAAGGGAAGGGAAAAGUGAAGGAGGGGAAGCAGAAAAGGUGGAAAAAUUAGGAGAAAAGUUGAAGAGAGGAGUAUUGGUGGGGAAAAGUAAGGGUCCCUGCACUCCAGUGCCCUCUUGGAAGCUACUUUGGGGGAACAACAACAUCAUUCAUCAGCAUCACUCUCUGCAUCCACACCAUCAUCCCCACUCCGCCACCGUCUCUGCUAGGAAGCUCGCCGCCGCUCUCUGGGAAUUCCACCACUACUUCCCAAUCUUCCCAAUGCAUCGUGCUAACGGCGCCGCUCCCGUUGCUGCACCUGGUGGCCGCCACCAUUACAACCUUCACAAGGACAAGGCUCCCGACAUCUCCAACUUCUUCCCUGACGCUUCCACCGCUUCCCCUGAUCAUCCAGCUAGUGCAAGCAGUUUGAGGAGGCAUGUUGCGGCGUCACUAAUGCAGCAUCAUCGAGCAAUUGAGAGAAAUAAGAAUAACCAUGCACUGCAACCUCUAUCUCCUGCAAGUUAUGGUAGCUCCAUGGAGAUGACACCUUAUAACCCUGCUGUAACUCCUAGCAGUUCCUUGGAAUUUAAGGGAAGGAUUGGUGAGUCCCGUUAUAGUCUCAAAACAUCCACAGAAUUGCUAAAAGUGUUAAACAGGAUAUGGAGUUUGGAAGAACAGCAUGCUUCUAACAUUUCAUUGAUAAAAGCAUUAAAAGCGGAGCUAGAUCAUGCACGAAUCAGGGUCAAAGAGUUGCUUCGGGACCGGCAAGCAGAUCGACAAGAGAUUGAUGAUCUCAUGAAGCAAAUUGCAGAGGAAAAAUUAGUUAGGAAGAGUAAGGAGCAAGAUAGACUCCAUGCUGCCGUUCAAUCUGUGAGGGAUGAACUUGAGGACGAAAGGAAACUAAGGAAAAGGUCAGAGAGCAUACACAGGAAAUUAGCUCGGGAGUUUUCUGAGGUAAAGUCUUCUUUUACUGUAGCUCUGAAAGAAUUGGAACAAGAGAGAGCAAGAAGAAAAUUGUUGGAGGACCUCUGCGAUGAAUUUGCUAGGGGAAUAAACGAAUAUGAGCAAGAGGUGCAUGCUCUGAAACACAAGUCUGAUAAGGAUCAGGUACAAACCAUGGAUAAUGACCGUUUGAUUCUCCACAUAUCUGAAUCAUGGCUUGAUGAGCGUGUGCAGAUGCAGCUGGAAGCAGCCCAGAAUGGUUUUACGGAUAAGAAGUCCAUUGUAGAUAAACUAAGCCUUGAAAUCGAGACUUUCCUUAAAGCAAAAAAAAAUAGCAGGAGUACAGAAAAUAUGGUGUUGAGGGAUCGCCGGAAUUCCUUGGAAUCAGUUCCGCUUAAUGAUGUUGUCAGUGCACCACGAGAUGUGGGCGAUGAGGAUGAUUCCGCGGGCAGUGAUUCAAACUGCUUUGAGCUAAAUAAGCCAAACAAUAGAGGAGAUAAAGCACGUGAAGAAGAGCCUGCUGACAAUACUCUUGAUGAGUCAUUGAAGUCCAACGCCAGGAAGAAAAAACCAGUUACUCAAGAAGGGUUAAAAGAUCGCAUUCCAUCUAACUUGCAAGUGAAGUUUGAAGAACAGAUGGCUUGGGCUAUGUCAUCCAAUUCAAACAAGAAGUCGCAAUCAAUUGAUGCAGAAGAGGGUAAGGGCACAACAGAUACACGAGCAGCUGAAGGAACUAUAUCUGAGAAGUACGAACAUGGACACGGUGAGUGUCUAGAAAGUGUAGGUUCGGAGAGGAAAAUGAACCGGAGUGAAUUGCACAGCUCCAAUAAGAAUCACAUAACUGAUAAUGUGAUCAUAGGUCAACUACUGGCAUCAGAGAGUGGUGUGAGCAUGCAUGGAGAGGCGUCGUGCAGCAAUGCUGGGUGGAGGAAGCAAGCAAGCCCUGUGAGGCAGUGGAUGUCAAGUCUUGCACCCCAAUCCCAAGAUCAUCAUGGCAUAUCUGAGGCUCCCAAAGCAUUGAAGGAGAAUACUUUGAGAGCAAAACUCAUGGAAGCAAGGUCCAAGGGGCAGAGGUCUCGUUUGAAAGCCCUGAAGGGUUCCUUUUAGGAGACCACUCAUUCUUUUUUUCCCCUCCUUCUUUCUGCUUUCUUGAUAAUAUUUAUCUUAACUGUGUAUGUUACAUAUUUCACGUCCGGGGUGGGGUUAUUUCUGUAUACCAGUUGUAGAUGGCUGUGGUGUUGUGUAAUGGUGUCUUAACGUAUCAGAUUGACCUUUUACAAGUUAAAAGGCAAACUUACAAUUUUGUCUAGUCUUCCUGCUUCUUGUAUAACCAGCAUGUAUAAUGUUAUGUUACAUGAAUCUUGGUCUCAACUCUCAAGUAACCCUUAAAUGUCUCAUUUUAAUGUUGGUCAAUUAAUUAACA